UCUGCAUUCACUCUCCCCACUCUCCCCCUCCACGCCUCGCUCUCGGUAUGGCGGACGGCGAGAGGUCCCCCUUACUAUCAGACCUGGGAGAAGGAGCUCUCGGAAGCGGAACCGGCGGGGUGUCUCCGGGUGCGGCGCCUUACGGUGUGCCUAGCAAACCACAGAGCUUCCCUCCCUUCCCCAGCCCCACCCAGCCCUCAGUGCUCCUAGGGGAAGACCCUCCACCCUACUCCCCGCUCACCUCCCCAGAGAGUGGCAGCGCCCCGGUUAUCAGCUGCAGAGUGUGCCAGAGCCUGAUUUCUGUAGAGGGCAAGAUCCACCAGCACGUGGUGAAGUGCGGGGUUUGCAAUGAAGCUACGCCCAUUAAGAAUGCCCCAGCAGGGAAGAAGUACGUUCGCUGCCCCUGCAACUGUCUGCUCAUCUGCAAAGUCACUUCCCAGAGGAUCGCCUGUCCCCGGCCAUAUUGUAAGAGGAUAAUUAAUCUCGGCCCAGUUCAUCCUGGCCCUGCCAGUCCGGACCCUCAGCCAGCCGGAGCCCGCGUCUCCUGUGGACACUGCAGCAACACCUUUCUGUGGACAGAGUUCACGGACCGGACGCUGGCCAGGUGCCCACACUGCAGGAAAGUCUCUUCCAUUGGUCAGAGGUAUCCCAGGAGGCGGAGCUUGUGGUGUUUUCUACUCUGCUUGCUAUUUGUCAUCUCCACUGCGGGGCUGAUAGCUGGAACAUGGGUGCAGGCUCAGACCUACCAGGGGAUCUACGCCUCUUGGGCCGUGCUGCUGCUUCUGGUCAUCGUCACCAUGGCUCGAGCUUUCUACUGGGCCUGCAUGAGGGUCAGCCAGCCCCUCCAGAACUUCACAUAGAGCCCUUUCAAACCCUUCUGCACCGUGUUCCUUAUCCGCCAGGCAGGAGGAAAGAUGGCUUUAAAGAAAAAACAAAAAAAAAACAAAAAAAAAAAACAGAAUAUUUAUUUAAAUCCAACGCCAGAAAGAAAAAGUUCUCCUCCUCCUGUCCCUUCCCUUUUAGUCAAACGUGUUUCUCAAACUGGACGGCGAUGGCUGCGACUGCUAUAUAUCUAUCAGUAAUUAUGAUGACGACGCGUAUAGCCUAAUGUACUGUUUCUCUGUUCUAAUCUCGUGGCCAGUGUGGGGUUCAUUUUAACACUAUAACAGAUUUUCUUCCUCUCUUUCCCCCUGCGCUCUCCAUACAUUUUUGAUUUAGUCUUUGGCACAUCUAUGGAAGCCCAUUUCUGUCAUUUAAAGAUAAAAAAAUAUUAAAGUAUCAAAGUUCUGAGAUCGUAAGUCAAAAAUAUGACACAGGAAAUCCCUAAUGAUAGAAGAAAAGGCAAAAAUGAUAAGAUUAAAAGUCCUACUAUUGCAGUAAAAGUAUUGCUACUAUUGAUUAAGAUCAUUAAUUAGUUAAUCACAUAAAUAUGUUGUGAUUAAUCAUAUAUUUAAAACACUACCAUUAACUUGCAUGCAAGAAUAAAAUAGCUACAAGUAGGUAAACUAAUUUUUUAAACAUUAUUCAGCGUAUCAGCUUAGUUGUAAUGGUUUUUAAAUUAGAAUGUCUUAAUUCACUAAGCAAUAAUAUCCAUAAAAAUGCAAACUUUACAACCUUCUGUUUUUUUCCGAAACACUUUUUUUAAUUGAAAUUUGCCAUUAAGCAGACCGGGGUCUAUCUCCUUACUCACCGCUUUCACCUCUUUGACCCCAGACACUUAGUUGGAGGACUAUGGGAGGAAGUUGUGGUCAGAUCUGUUCGUGUGAUAAUUGAUUUAUUUUUUUUUACACAUUAAGAUUUCCUGACUAAUCUUGAGCGAUUACUCGCUAACAUUAACUGCCCUAAUAAAAAGGCAUAUUUUUGGGGAAAAAGUCACGAUUAUGGGAAUAAAAAGUCAGAAUUGAUGUUUAAAAACGUCAUUAUUAUGAGAUACGUCAAAAUUAUAGGAUAAAAGAUGAAAAUUGGGAUAUGGUAAGUCAUGCCAUAAUUAGUUUAAAAUAAGUUUUAGAAAAAAAUUAAAGUUUUCACAUAAAAUGAAUAAUUAUGAUGGGAAAAAUCCAAAUUAUGAAACAGUUAGAAAUACGUUUCAUAAUUUAAGCAUUUUAUCUCUCAAUUUUGACAUCUCACAAUUUCACUGUUCAUACCCCAUAAUUAACAAAAGCCAAAAUUAGAUGAAAAAAUGCAAAAAUAUGAGAUGUUGAAAUCAUGGGAUAUGAACAUUUUGAGAUGGUAAGACAUUUUUAUAUCAUAAUUAAAAAAUGAUAAGAUACAUAGAAAUAAGUCUUAAAAUUUCAUGUUUUAUCAGACGGUUCUGAUGUUUUUAUCUUAGAACUUUGACCUUCUAUCUCAUAAUUUCACCUUUUUGUUUCACAAUUAACAGGAUAAAUUGAGAUUAAAAGCUAAUAAAAAGAACAGGAGUUGAAAUCAUGGGAUAAAACAUGAAAAUUAUGAAAUGGUAAGUCAUGAUUACAUCAUAACUUGAAAACAUUUUUGGGUAAAAAUACUAAAUUAUAAACUUAAAAGUCAUAAGUAUGAUAGAAAAAAAUCAAAAUUAUGAGAUUGUUAGAAAUAAGUCAUAAUUUCAAUUUUUAUCUCCCACUUUUGGAUGCUUUAUCUAAUGAUUUCUCCUUUUUUACUCCAUAAUUACCACAGUUAUUAUAAUAACUUUGUUAUUGUUUCAACUUUUUAUCCCAACAUUGUCUUUUUUUACAUAAUCACAAAAUUUAAACUCAAAUUAUUAGUGCCUAUCUCAUAUAUGACUUUUUACCUCAUACUUUUGACCUCUUUAAAAAAUUAGAACUGUUUCUCAUAUUUUGCCUACUUCCCCCCCAUGAUUACAGUUCAGCUCAUCAUUUUUACUUGCUAUCUCAAAACUUUAACUUUAUUUCUCAUGAUUCUGUUUUAGUAUCUCAUAGUUUCUACUUCAUCUUACAAGGGGCAUUUUCUCUUACAAUUAUGAAUCACUAUCGUAAUAUUAAUCUGAUAUCACAUAACUACGACUGUUCAUCUCAAAAUUUAAACCCCUCAUCUCUUAAUUUUGAUUUUUUUUCCAUAAUUAGUACAUUAAUCUCAUUACUGACAUUACUGGCAUCCCAUAGAUUACUUUUCAUCUCAUAAUUAUUAAUAUUUUAAUCUUGAAACUAUGACUUUUUAUCUUAUAAUUUUGACUUACGAUCUCAUAAGUGUGUCAUAAAAAUUGUAUGUUUAUUUUUUUUUUCAUCUUUGCAUACCUUAUUUUUCCUCUAUUUAGUGGCAGAAAUGGGCUUCCAUGCACAUCUGUUGCACUCCUGCAACUUCUAAGACGAGGGCUGAAGGUUCAGUCUUAGACUUGAAAACCACCCUUGUUUUAUUAACAACACUCUCCUCAAUCCUAAUCUGAUGUUAGGUUUAGUAUUUGAGCAUUUAACAUUUUUCAAACCUAGAAACAAAUUAUUUUUUGACAGCGGUGAUGAAGUUUUAAAAAAUGAUGCCAGUAAAAUAUUAUCUCGGCUCGAGGGACAUCUGCCUCCUUUGGUGAAUCAGAAGAUCAAGUGUGUUGAAAUGUGUCUGAAAAAUUGAAUUCAGCACUACGUGAAGGUAGGCUAUGAUGUCUCUGAACUCAAUGUUUAUGCUGAAUUAUCCCCUGGGACUGACUUUGAUCCAAAGCAGCUUGAAAGCCUUAAAAGGAGGUGUGAUAGAAGGAUUCAACAUACACACAUAUACACACACAUAUGAAUACAUACAGCUCACAACAAAAGAAGGAUGCUCUUUUAGAGUUGCAACAGCUCAGUAUCCAGUUUGUCAAAGACACUCCAGCCUCCCUCUCCAAAGACAAACUCGCAAACAGAUUUUCUCCGUUCUCUUGUCCUUAUUCUAGUGGAGUGUGAAGUGACAUGCAUGCCACUCUGCAUGAAAGUUGGAGAUUUUGUGCCGGUCGUAGAAGAGUAUAACCACAUCUGAAGCUUUUUUCUGCUUUGAUCCGAACUGUAGCCAACAGGUUUACUUUUUCAAAAUUUUAUUUUCUCAUUCAUUUUCCAAUUUUACCUCCAUGAAAACUUCAGUCUCUAAUUUACAUAUCAUACGGACACUCCAAAAUGCAGCAUAAUCCUCGCUCCCAUUUUCAAGAGGCAGGUUUACACUCUUUCACGCAUCAAUACGGUUUGACCUGAGUUGAUCUCGUUCAGCUCAGCUUCCCAAAACACCAAAAUAUAAAACAAAAACAUGCAGGCUUUUGGAGGCUACAGUCAAUAUCUUCCUGCAAGUAUGAGACGUGUUGUGGAGUUGCCGUUGGUGCUAUUUGUUGUAAGUUUUUAUCCAACUAAACCCUUCUGCCUUGAGAGAGAAUUUUGCUAAAUUCUCAGGCCUGGUUCGUCGGCUACAGUUAAACAAAGCUACUCUAAGUUUACAAAUACUUUAAGCUUUUACAGCUUCUGGUAGCAACCCUAAAAUGUUGGGAUGGCAUGGUCAAAGUAUGAAAGCAGUGCUAGGUGAUUAAUUUAGUUUUAAUUAGUCACGAUUUUGAAUUUCCAUGAUAUAAGAACAGGAUAAUUGUGAUUAAAUGAUCACUAUGCUCUGUUGCGCUCUCUUAGAUCAUAGAAUUUUUCAUGUGGGGUAAAAGGAGCACACCCUCCUUCCUUUACAGCACAGUGUGUACCCUGCCACUUCCACCAAACAUGGCUCUCACUUUAAAUUAAGUGAGGAGCAGAGCGCAACUUCAUGUGCUCAAGUUAGUUUGAAAAGUGAGAGAGCCAAAGCAGAUGGUUAAAAGGGAGCUGGUUUGCAGAAAGGUUAGAUAAACUCAGUCAAAUAAAACCUCUGGUCAUGAGGAGUUGGACCCAGAACAAUUCAAGUCAAUAUGGAUUGUUUACGUGGCUGCUACUCAAAGAAACACAACAGAUUUAUUUUAGCAUUUUAAAUUAUUCCACAAAGUGGUAUACUGUAUAUUAUAAUCAUGAUCUCAGUGACAAACAAAUCCCUGAGACUGUGAUUAUUGCCAUAAUCAAGCAGCUUUAUAUAAAAGCACAUAUUAGUGCAACUCUCUAAGAAUGAAUUGCAGCCUUAAAUAUAUCCAAAACUGCAUCAGUGAUCUGCCAAAGUCUAAUUUACAAAACAAUUAGCUCCUAAUAGUAUUUAGGUGCAAGACCAAGAGGUUCUGAUUUGUUUAGUUUGUUCUUCUUUGCAUCUAAAUGGAGAGAGGCUAUCUGCAACUUUGCUCUGCAGAAAGAGCUGCAUUGUUAUCCGUCUGAGCACCAUCUGUGUGUCUAGGGAACCUUUUUCAAUUUAAUUGUGAGGCCAAAAUUUCACCAUUUAAAGUGCAGUGUGUAAUAUUUAGCCUUGUAGCAAUUGGCAGAACAAACUUGGUAAAGAUAAAGCAAAACAAAUUAUUUCCAAAACUCCACAGGUUGCAACAGUUUCCACCAGAGAAAUUCAAUUCAAUUUUAUUUAUAUAGCACAUUUUUUAACAAAUGUAAACUCAAUGGGCUUUACAGAAGAUGAAAACAGAAACAAAGAUACACAAAUUACUUGAGAAAAACAAAACAAAAAAACAGGCAUAAUAAUUAAUGAGCUUAGACAUACCAUGCACCAAUCUGUAUAGCAUUUUUCAUAAUAAUGCUGGAGUCUCCUACAAAGAGGCACACUCAAAUCCAUGCAUAGUUCUGCACACAAAGAUAAACUGACAGGCAAAGGCUUGUUUUAAGGCCACUUUUGAAAGAACUGUUUCAGUAGGUCAGCAGGUAGUUUGUUUCAGAGGACAGAAAAGAGCAUCACAAUCUGGAAUUAACAGUUAGAUGUCACUAAUAUUACUAAUAUUACACACUGCACCUUUAAAGAACAGCUUUUAAAUCAGUGGAGCAAGCAAGGACAACUUAAAUGCCUACUAAUCAUGCAUAACAGCUACAGACCGGCAGAAUUGUUCCCUAAUCACUGGGAAGUUUGUGUGUGCCAUCUAUUACAAAUACUGUGGCACAGUUACCACCAACUCGCCUUGAAUUAGUGGAAACUGCACAAUUUUUUUCACUCAAUUUGUGUGACUAUUAGCCCUUGUAUCUGUAAAUUACAUGCACCUUCCUAUGAGACUAAUUUUCAUCAAAAGGAGGGAAUUUUUGACUGCAUUAUGGUUAAUUUAAACACUCAGAGAAGCUGUUUGCUGUGUGAUGCAGUUAGGGGCAUUUAACCAUUUGCAUGAAUUUGGAUUGUGUUUUGAUUCAUUUGCACAGGUUUAGCAGAUGUAAGGGCUGCACAAUCCUUCCAUGAAUUAGGCUGUCAGUAUUUUAUUCUCUUUUGGGACCAUUCAUGGUGAAACUGGUCUGCUUUUUGUCAUUGAAGAGGGAGGCUGGUGCUGAGCUUUGAUAUCAGUGGGUUUCAGAUGGAGCAUUAACACUUAAGGCCAGUUAAGUAUUUGUAAAGGAGAACUUGGCUUACUUCACAAAGCCUAAUGCCAGUCAGAGUAGGUCAGUAACACACUACACUUUACAUUCUCACUCAGUCUAAGUCCCACAAUGGCUCGUCUGUGGUUCUGAAUGUGGUUCCAUUUCUUUUAUGAAUUACAUAUAUUUUGUUUUGAUUGUAAAUAUAUUUGUUGUUUAUGUACAAUGGAAGUGACUAAGCGAAUUAUGUUGCACUCAGUUCUUAACACUACUGCUGUGAUCGCUGCGGACCUUUUACUUGUUUUUAAGAAGGUUAUUUUUGCAAAUCUUCACCUGUUACAUAUUUAAUGAUUCUUUGAACUACUAACCUAAUAAGCCUCUGGACGCAGUCGUGUCCAAAUCUUAACCACAAUCACGAACACAUCAAGAUACUCACAACGACAAAACAUAACGAACAAAUCACAGUUACAUUUCUCUCUCACACAUACACAAACACACACCCAGCACCUUAUACAGUAGUGAGGAACACUGCAAACACCAAGUAAGAUGAGAUAAAGUUACUUUGCUAGACUGGACUGGGGUUGCAGACAGUUUGUAUGGAAGUGUCAUGUUAUUUAUUAUACAUGCUGCAAAAAAGGCCACUAUGACAAAUAAGUCAUCCAUAGAGUCCUAGAAUCUUUCCUGAUAUGAAGUGAGAAUAUUUCCCUCACCUCAAGACUUGACAAAGCUUUUUUCAACUACCCAAAUAAUUACAGUGAUCUGCUAGGUUAAGGUAACCAUUAAAUUGAUUUUUGAGGCUUUGAUGGAGCCGCGUUUGAAAAAGAUUGUAGGACAUGACUUAUUUACAAGUGUUUUCAGAACAAACACAAAGAUGGGUUUUUGCACAGCACAACUGAAGACAAAAUCAAGGCUAAUUAUUUUACCUACAUAAGGCCAAAGCAAGUAAAAAUGCUUCAGUUGGAACAAUUCAAGGGUGCUUUCUUGCAAAACAUCAGCGCUUACAUUCUCCCAAUGCCACUGAGAAUAAAAAUGUAGAUUAAACCUAAUAUAUUCAUCUACAGGUGCCUGUUUGCAGUUCAGAAGGACUGCUCUUAUUGUAAAGGGCAAAAAGUGAUCCAGGAUUGCCAUUUCUAUUGGCCAUGUUGACAUGAAAUAUAUGUGCAAAUAUUCACUGUGUGUUUUGUCUGAUACAUUAAGUAGACCUUUUUUCUGCUGUAGAGUGAUCAUGUUUUAUCCAUGACUGCAAAUGAAAUGAAUCAUGUUAUCGCCAAUAAUCAAGAACCUGGCUGAUGCUCUUUUCAGAGUUUGUUUACACACAAAUAAAGACAU